AGCUCCCAGCAACUCUGGCGCUGCCCAGGAGCCCCCCGAAGUGACACGGGGUCUCGCCGAGGAGCCUCGGGCUCGCUCCCUCGCUCAGCCGCAGCCGUGCGCCAGCCAGCGGGAUUUACACGUCCCUCCGGCACCUCAAACUCUCGGGCUGCCCGCGCCGCGCCAUCCUCCGCGGUGGCACCGCUCGGCGAAGAGAGCUGUCGUUGCAAAGCCUGGACCUCCGCCGGAGAUGGAAGUUUUCUCCCUCAUCCUGGUGGUGUCCGUCUGUUGGACUCGGAGCUGGAGAGCGGCGAUUGCAGAUUCGAUCAUUCACAUCGGGGCGAUUUUUGAUGAAUCUGCCAAAAAAGAUGAGGAAGUUUUUCGAAUGGCAGUUGCUGAUCUCAACCAGAAUGAUGAAAUCUUACAAACGGAGAAAAUCACGUGUUCAGUGACAUUUGUGGAUGGCAACAAUCCAUUUCAAGCAGUUCAAGAAGCCUGUGACUUGAUGAACCAAGGUAUCCUGGCCCUUGUGAGCUCCAUUGGCUGCACAUCAGCGGGAUCCCUGCAGUCGCUGGCAGAUGCCAUGCACAUCCCUCACCUCUUCAUCCAGCGCUCGACGGCAGGAACACCAAGGAGCGGCUGCGGGCUCACCAGGAGCAACCGCAAUGAUGACUACACGCUAUCUGUCCGCCCUCCUGUCUACUUGAAUGAUGUCAUCUUGAGGGUGAUCACGGAAUAUGCCUGGCAGAAAUUCAUCAUUUUUUAUGAUAAUGACUAUGAUAUCCGUGGAAUACAAGAGUUUUUGGACAAAGUAUCUCAGCAGGGAAUGGAUGUAGCAUUGCAGAAGGUAGAAAACAACAUAAAUAAAAUGAUCACAGGGCUCUUUGCCACUAUGCGAAUAGAAGAACUGAACCGCUACCGGGACACUCUGAGACGGGCUAUUCUUGUGAUGAACCCCUUGACAGCCAAGUCAUUCAUAACAGAGGUCGUGGAGACUAAUUUGGUUGCUUUUGACUGUCACUGGAUCAUUAUAAAUGAGGAAAUAAAUGAUUUGGAUGUGCAGGAGCUGGUGAGAAGGUCAAUUGGAAGAUUAACAAUUAUUCGACAGACAUUUCCAGUCCCCCAAAACAUAAGUCAGCGCUGUUUCCGUGGCAACCACAGAAUAUCUUCAUCACUGUGUGAUCCAAAGGACCCUUUCUCCCAAAGCAUGGAGAUUUCCAACCUGUAUAUAUAUGACACUGUCCUUCUGCUGGCGAAUGCCUUUCAUAAGAAGCUGGAGGACAGGAAGUGGCACAGCAUGGCCAGCCUGACCUGCAUCAGGAAGAACUCUAAGCCCUGGCAAGGAGGACGAUCCAUGUUGGAAACUAUCAAGAAGGGUGGAGUAAAUGGUUUGACUGGAGAACUGGAAUUUGCAGAAAAUGGGGGGAAUCCCAAUGUUCACUUUGAAAUUCUGGGGACAAAUUACGGAGAAGAUCUUGGCAGAGGCAUCCGCAAGCUUGGCUGCUGGAAUCCUGUCACUGGUCUGAAUGGGUCGCUAACUGACAGAAAGUUGGAGAAUAACAUGCGAGGAGUGGUUCUGCGUGUGGUGACCGUGCUGGAAGAACCCUUUGUCAUGGUGUCUGAAAAUGUUCUGGGAAAACCGAAGAAAUAUCAGGGCUUCUCAAUAGAUGUGUUGGAAGCCUUGGCCAAUUAUCUUGGCUUUAAAUAUGAAAUUUAUGUUGCACCAGAUCACAAGUAUGGGAGUCCUCAAGAUGAUGGGUCGUGGAAUGGACUGAUAGCAGAACUAGUAUUUAAGAGAGCCGACAUAGGGAUCUCUGCCCUGACCAUUACCCCUGACAGGGAAAAUGUGGUGGACUUCACUACACGUUACAUGGACUACUCGGUGGGUGUGCUGCUUCGGAAAGCAGAGAAGACGGUGGACAUGUUUGCCUGCUUGGCACCAUUUGAUCUCUCCCUGUGGGCGUGCAUAGCUGGUACUGUGCUGCUGGUAGGGCUGCUGGUCUACCUCUUGAACUGGCUCAACCCCCCGCGUCUUCAGAUGGGAUCCAUGACCUCCACAACGCUCUACAACUCCAUGUGGUUUGUGUACGGAUCCUUCGUCCAACAAGGAGGAGAAGUCCCAUAUACAACCCUGGCAACACGACUGAUGAUGGGGGCUUGGUGGCUUUUUGCUUUGAUUGUCAUCUCCUCCUACACGGCAAACCUAGCAGCUUUCCUCACCAUCACGCGCAUUGAGAACUCUAUCCAGUCUCUCCAGGAUCUCUCAAGGCAGACAGAUAUUCCUUAUGGCACUGUCUUGGACUCCGCAGUCUAUGAGCACGUUCGAGUGAAAGGGAUGAAUCCUUUUGAGAGGGACAGCAUGUAUUCCCAAAUGUGGCGGAUGAUUAAUAGAAGUAACGGCUCAGAGAACAACGUCUUGGAGUCAACUGCAGGCAUUCAAAAGGUGAAAUAUGGGAACUAUGCCUUUGUAUGGGAUGCAGCGGUACUGGAAUAUGUGGCCAUCAAUGAUGGAGAUUGCUCUUUUUACACGGUCGGGAACACUGUUGCAGACAGAGGAUAUGGAAUUGCACUGCAGCAUGGCAGCCCUUAUCGAGAUGUUUUCUCACAGAGGAUUUUGGAGCUGCAGCAGAACGGCGACAUGGACAUACUGAAGCAUAAGUGGUGGCCAAAGAACGGUCAAUGUGAUCUUUACUCAUCUGUGGAUACCAAACAGAAAGGAGGCGCCCUGGACAUAAAAAGCUUUGCAGGUGUUUUCUGCAUCCUUGCAGCUGGGAUUGUCCUAUCCUGUUUCAUUGCAAUGUUGGAAACAUGGUGGAAUAAAAGGAAAGGCUCCCGGGUUCCGUCAAAAGAGGAUGACAAGGAAAUCGAUCUGGAGCACCUCCACAGGCGCGUGAACAGCCUCUGCACAGAUGACGACAGUCCCCAUAAACAGUUCUCCACAUCGUCGAUUGACUUGACCCCGCUGGACAUUGACACUUUGCCCACCCGUCAAGCACUGGAGCAAAUCAGUGACUUCAGAAACACUCACAUCACAACCACCACCUUCAUACCAGAACAGAUCCAGACGCUGAGCCGCACACUGUCUGCUAAAGCCGCUUCUGGCUUCUCCUUCGGCAACGUACCUGAGCACCGAACUGGCCCCUUCAGGCACAGGGCACCUAACGGUGGCUUUUUCAGAAGCCCCAUCAAAACAAUGUCAUCCAUCCCUUACCAACCAACUCCUACUCUGGGGCUGAAUCUCGGUAGUGAUCCAGACCGAGGCACCUCCAUAUGAGCAUCAGACCAAGUUUCUUCACUUUCUUUUUUAGGACUCCCUUUGCAAGGAGCAGCUGUAAUAUUGUGGGACUAACACGGAUGUAACCUUUUUUUUUUUUCCUUUUUUUUGUUUGUUUUUUGUUUUUGCUUUUGAGGGUUUUUUAAUUUGUUUGUUUCCUUUGUUUUCUUUUUUUUUUCCUUUAUUUUAUUUAAGAAAAGAAUCAGGAUUAUUCGUAACAACUCUUCCUCUUCUCUGCUUUCUCAGCCUGGUCUCCUCCUCUUUCUCCCUUUAUUAUCUUUACUACUUGAGUCACUUAUUCUUUGAUUUAUCACCACAUUAGGUUUCGGUUACUUCAGGCUUUUCAUAUACUUAAAUAUAGGAAACAUGUAGUGAUUAAUGCAUAAAAAACCCUGAGGAUUACUUUAAAGAAGGGCAUUCGCUCCUCCUCCUGCACCGCCUUUUUUUACUAUAAUUGCAAUAACUUAAGUCCUUUACAUGUAUUCUGCUGCAUCCGAUCAGUGCUCCACUGCUGUGUGUCCUUUUAACUGUGGACCAAAGGCAAACCCUGCGAUUUAAAAGAAAAAAAAAAAAGUAUAAAAAAAGGCAAAAAAAAGGCAAAAAUUAAAAAAAAAAAAGUUAAAAGACCAUUCAAGCCCCAUAAUACAAGAAUGCAAUUUUGUAGGAUUACAAAAAGCCAUUACUAUGCCAGUAAAGACUACAGUUAAAUCUACUUUUGCACUGCAACAGUGCAUAUGACCUUUAUGUGAUUGUACAGUGUUAAAAGUUUUUCUUAUGUACAGUAAACUGUAUCAUAUGGCAGAAGCCUCUGUUGUGUUAAAUAAAUUAGUAUCUCAUACAUAUAUAUAUAUAUACAUAUAUACACACAGGUAUGUAUAUAUAUAUAUAUACAUGUAUAUAUAGCUAUAAAAUGGCAGCCGUUGCUAUUGCAAUUCAUUUAAUAAAGCUUUAGUAAAAAUGUGUUGUAUACAGGAAAGAUGUACAGUGCAGGGGGUCUUUUCAUUUAGAAAAGACAGGUUGCUUUAAUGUUAUUCUGACUUGCGUUGUUUGCCAACAGAGCAUAUUUUAUACUUUUUUAUUAGAACAUCCAGGGCAAUUUAAUGUUUGUACCUAGAUGUAACUCGUUUGAUUAGGUUUUGCAUUGGCUAUUGAGCAUUCUAUAAGGCUAACCUUGAUAAUUUUACUUUACAUUAAUUAAAAUGGAACACUCUCUUAGGUAUACCACACUCGUGAGCAACUAAUACAGCUCUGGAGAAGUUUAAACAUAGAUCAAAGGUUAAUAAAUUAUUUUCCAAGUCAGUACAGUUGAUCGAUAUAAUAAUGGUGUUAGUGGAGAAAAAGCCCUUGAGAAAUACUGAUGUGGCCUUAAUUAUAAUUACAUAUUGUUUGAAGGGGAAAAAUAUAUAUGAACAGGCGCUCAUUUUAACCCUUUGUGUGUUAAGUUAGAUUUAGAGGAGCUACAUACUUUUUACAUUAGUGCCAACUGUAUAGAACAAGAGAAAGAACAGCAGUGAGAGCAGAACCAGUGCCUGUUUUGGCACCAGCUUUUUAAAGUAACACUGUUACCUGUUAGAAAUGUAGGAAGAGCUUUCAAUUUGUAAUCCUUAAAACUAAAGAUGCAGUUAAGUAGAAAGCAAGCAGUUUAUCCUGUAAGGUUUCAUUUUUGUUUGUUUUGUUUUAUUAUUUUUUUUUUAUUUGGUUUGGUUUUUAAUGCAACCAUACACUUAUUUUAACCUAACUCAUUCUUUGGCUAGGAUUAAUAUGAAUCAGCCUAUGUGAUUUGCUUUAGGAUAAAUUAAAAGGUAUAUUCUUCAAAUCUAUUCUAUUUUGACGCUAAUUCUGUUCUGGGGGAGCAUCUUGUACUGUCACUGUUUUUUGUACUAAAUCUUCAAAUAUUGUCUACUGUGUAAGGCAGAACAAAUUCUUAUUGUGCAAAAGGCCAUUUUGUUUCCAGGGUAGCAAGUGUCUAAAAGCAUGCACAACUU